AUGGCGGGAGUGAAGCGGGCUCGGCGCACAGCGGCGUCGUCGCGGUCGCCGUCGCCGGAGAUGGACGUGCUGUACUACAACCUGCUGCUCGCCGCGCUGCGCGCGCGCCAGGACGCCGGCGUGGCGUACUACGGCGCGUUCGUCGCCGACCCCGAGCCCGUGCCGCCCGACCUCUACGCGCACUGGGUGCCGCCGCCCGGCUCCUUCGCCGUGCAGCGAGCCGACGGCGACGACGACGAGCGCGGCGCGGAGGAAGACGACGCGGCGGGGAGGGACGGCGCGGACGACACGGACGUCGACGCGGGGGAGCACGCGGGGUCGGACGGCGAGGGGGGUGCGGAAGGCGCAUCGGCGGAAGCGGUGGUCGCGCGCAGGGGGCCGGGCAGGCCGCGGUCGGCGCGGAGUCGGCCGGGCGCGACAGCAGGCGGGGCAGCGGCGGGCGGGGAGGGCGGCGCGGCGGCGAGCGAGGAGACGAUGAUGCCCGCGUGGCUGAAGGAGCUGAUCGCGGCGGACAGGGAGAGGGCCGCGCAGCAGCAGGGGGGGGAGCAGGGCGGGGGCGAGCAGGCGCAGCAGCAGCAGGGGGCGGAGGGGCUGGCGUUCCCCGUGGUGGACGGCAACAUGAUCCGCGGGUCGUUCCCCGCUGCUGUGGCCGCCGUGCGCUUCCUUGAGCGCGCCCGGCGCCGCCUGGGGGGGCUGCCGGGGCGCACGGGGGAGGUGGAGAUGGGCGGAGGGGUGGGCGGGGAGGGGGAGAAGUGGAAGGACCGGCUAGCAGAGGAGAUGAUGACGUCAGCGCUGGGCGUGAAGGGCACGCUGGGGUCGCGGGAGGGCGGGCGAGGGCGGGAGGGCGGGGGGGAUAAGAUCGAGCGGUGGACGCCCAACGAGGACGCCAUUCUGCUGGUGGGGCGCGUGCUGUUCGGCACAAGAUGGAUCAGCAUUGAGCGCAUCCUGCCCGGCCGGUCGAUCCAGGCCAUCAAGACGCGGUGGCUCAACUACCUCAAGGGCCUCUUCCGCCGCCACCGCUGGUGCACCUCCGCCCUCGCCCCCCCGCCCUCCAAGGAGGCCGCCGCCGCCCUCCCCCCGCCCCCCUCCCCCCCGCCCACCCCUCCCCCCGCGCCCGCCCCUUCCACGUCAGCAGCCACUGAGGCUGCGUCAGCAGAGGCACGCGCGUCCACCCCUCCGCCCUCUGCUGCUGCGCCUGCUGCUGCCAAUGCCCCCCCUGCACCCCACCCCCGCCUCUCGCUCCCCCUGCCCGCAUCGGCCACCCCCCCACCUUCCGCCCCUCCCCCGCCCGCCCAUGUGGGGGAGGCAGGCAGUCAGGGGGCUGCAGGGAGGGCGCUGCUCAGCAUGCCGGCCGGGCCGCCCGCAGCUGCAGAUGGUGGUGCAGGCAGAGCAGGGGGAGCAGUGGGUGCUGGCCCAGGUGCUGGUUCAGGUGGUGCGUCAGGUGCGUCUGGUGGUGGCAUGGUGGCAUCAGCAGUAGGGGCCACGCCAACCAAGCGGUCGCGCUCCCAGUCCUCCCGUCCCCCGGCCGCCAUGCCCACGGCUCCCACGGGCCCGCCGCCGCACUCCCUGGCCGCCACGCACGAGCUCUACUGCUUCGCCUGCAAGUGCUCCGACGGCCAGCUGUCGCCGUGCUAUUGGUCGGACGAGGCAGUGGCAGCGACGGCGGCGGAGUGGGGCGGUGGGGGAGGGGCGGUGGUGGGGCUGAUCCCGUGCGCCAAGGCUUACCACGCUCGCUGCGUGCACGCUGCCGUCAAGGACGGCUGCCCGUUCAUCUGCCCGAGGCAUCAGUGCAAGCAGUGGGGGUGCCGGGCGGCGGUGGCCGUGGUGUGCCGCAGCUGUCCCUCCUCCUGGUGCUCCCUGCACGUGCCGCCCGCCUCUCUCGACUGCGAGCCCUCGUUUCUGAGAAGGUUCCGCGUGCAGCCGCAAGUGCGCAUCACCAUCUGCCCCUCCUGCCAGGAGCUGGAGCAGAGUGUUUCCUACCAGAGCCACAGCGUGCGGGGGGGAGCGCCUGCUGCUGCUGCGGGUGCUACCGUGCAGAGUGUGAGAGGGCAUCAGCCACCCAUGCAAGGGGCCGCACAGCAGCAAGAGCAGCAGCAACAGCGUCACGAGGAGCAACAGCAACAGCAGCAGCAGCAACAGCGGCAGCAGCAGCAGCAGCAGCAGCAACAGCAACAGCAGCAGCAGCAGCAGCAGCAGCAGCAGCAACUGCAGCAGCAGCAGCAGCAGCAGCAGCAGCAGGAGGCAGUUGAAAGCAGAGGAGGGGCGGCAGGCGGGGCGAGAGGGAGUGGCAUGAUGGGUGGGAUGGGUGCAGGCAGGGUGAACGCUGUGGACGCUCGUGGGGGCAUGGCUGCAGCAGGUGGGAGCAUGGCGGCAGUGGGUGGGGGCAGGGGGGCAGGUGGAGGAGUGCGGGGAGUGGGUGAGAUGCAUGGUGUGGCAGGGAUGGGCAUGGCGGCCCAUGGGGUGAUGGGUCAGUAUGCCCCUGUCAUGGGCCUGCAUCAACGCACAGCAGCAGCAAGAGCUACAGCAGCAGCAGCCACAGCAGCAGCAUCAGCAGCAGCGAGGGAGUGGGCGGAGGUGUUGGAGGAGAUUCGGUUUGUGCCCAACAACCGCCCUGCUGACAUCUUCAGCCUCCUCCAGCUGGUGAGACACGCCUGCGUGGUGAGACGCGCUUCAAGGCAAGGCAGCCAGCAAUCGUCUCUGCUUUCUUGCCGCACUCCGCCCUGCCAUCCUGCGCUCGCCGCCCUGCCAUCCUGCGCUCACCGCCCUGCCAUCCUGCGCUCACCGUCAGCUCCUUCUCACUCUGUGAGAAAGAAGAAUUGUUGGACUGAAUAA